AUGAGUGGUCGGGUCCCACUGGCAGAGAAGGCCCUGUCAGAACACUAUGCCCGCCUUCGGUACAGGGACACUUCCUUACUCAUUUGGCAACAGCAGCAGCAGAAGUUGGAGUCUGUACCACCCAGUACAUACCUGAGCAGGAGCCGCAGCAUGUGGUAUUCCCAGUAUGGAAAUGAGGCCAUCUUAGUCAGAGACAAAAACCAGCUUGGGGUCUCUAGGGACACCGGCCAGUCUAAGUUUUGCUCCAUCAUGUAAUUCCAGGGAGAAAAUCCUUGAUGGCUGUAAAGACCAAGCUUUGGUAU